UCAAGUGAAGUUGUAAUUUUUUUGUAUUUCUUUUCAUAUUUCCAAGUAAAGUUCUUUCACUUUUAAAUCAGUUUAUAAAUAAAUUAUAUUAAGAUGAAGAGAGGCAGAGAAGUUGGAGAAAUGGAUGCCAUGGAUAUGGCGAAUUGCUUGAUGUUGCUAUCGAAGAUUGGCCAAACCGACGCGUCGGAGCACUACCAGGGCGGUGGUGGUGGUGUUCGUGUCUUUGCAUGCAAGACGUGUAACAAAAGGUUUUCAUCUUUUCAAGCACUCGGAGGUCAUAGAGCGAGCCAUAAGAAGCCGAGGCUAACGGGAGGAGAUGCUCCGGUUUCACCACCUAAGAAGCCCAAGACACACGAGUGUUCGAUUUGUGGUCUAGAAUUCGCCAUUGGACAAGCUCUCGGCGGCCACAUGAGGAGGCACAGGGCCGCCGGAAACGAAGGGUUGGUGACUCGGGAUUUGUUACCGGAGAUGGACAAGAGCGGAGACGAAAGUGAUUUGGUACUGGAUCUGAGCUUGUCGCCUUGGGGAACAGACUUGGAGCUGAAGCUGGGGAAGGUGGAGUCCACUCCUGUCGUUCAUUGUUUUAUAUAGGAUUCUUUUUUUCU